ACUACACACGAAACUAUAAACAAUUUCAUCUUCCACAUAAAAUCAAAUAAUAUCUAAAUCAAAUGGCCGAUGAAGUUAUUGUAGAUGCAUUACCAUAUAUCGAUCAAGGAUAUGACGACGUGGGCGUCAGAGAAUCGGCGCUCGCAAUGGUCGAGGAGGAAUGUCGACGCUAUCGGCCCACCAAGAAUUAUCUGGACCACCUGCCCCUACCGGCGAGUUCGCCAUUCGAGACGCCGCUAAUGAUCAAUGAAUUUGAGCGAAUACAAAACCGUCUGCCCAUGGAAACGCUAUCCAUGAAGCGUUACGAAUUGCCACCGCCACCAUCGGGCAAACUGUCCGAGGUGUCCGCUUGGCAGGAGUCCAUUGAAAAUUCGAUGGCACAGUUGGAGCAUCAGUGGGUACGUUCGUUAAAUCUUGAACUGAUGCUGGACUAUGGCACCGAAGCGUGGAAAUCCUACCUGGAGGUGAUUACAGCUAUGCAAGCCAAAGCGCAGAUCCAGCUGCAGCAGCUGAAAAAAGACAUGCAGGAUGUGAAUUGGCAGCGCAAACAGGCGCAGACACAAGCUGGCGAGAAGCUCCGUGCCCUCGAGGCACACUGGGUGCUGCUCGUGUCCAAGAACUACGAGAUCGAAAACGAGUGCGUCGAGCUUGAGAAAGUUGUGCAAGCAGCACGCGAUCAACUGGAGCAACUGGUGCCGCCAGUCGAAGAGCAGCAGCUGUCGCCACAGACUGAGCAUACAAACGGACAUUCUGCACAGACGGACAGUAAUGGUUCCAAUAGCAAUGAAAGCCAGAACAAUGAGGCUGAGGAGAACAACAGCGAUGGCGAUGACGAUAAUGAUGAUGAUGACAUGAACAACAGGAAUGGGGACAACAAUGUGGUGAGCGAUAGUGCUGCUGUCCAAGAUGAGGAGGAAUCCACGAAUGAUUCAUAGGUGUUGCUGUAGGUUCUUCUUUAUUAUUAUUAUUAUAAUUAUAAUUUGUACAAUUCGAAAUACAUAUAUUGAGUCGUAUAACAAG